UAUAACUCUACACGUGAAAUGGUUCAACCUAUGUUAUUAUCUACAAAAUAUGUCGCACUUACUUCAGAUAUUUGGACUUCUAUAAAUACUAUUUCUUUUAUUACAGUGACUGCACAUUUUUUCGAUGUGAACUUUAACUUAAAAACGUAUGUUUUAGCUACAAAAAACUUGGAAUCUAGUCAUACAGCACAAUAUUUGUCCGAAAUUUUAGCAGAUAUCAUAAGUGAUUGGGCUAUCGAAGUAAAAGUCAUUGCGAUUGUAACAGACUCUGUUGCGAAUAUAAAAACUGCAAUUAGAUUACUUGGGAUUGAUCAUAUUCCGUGCGCUGUUCAUAAAUUAUACAAUGCCGUAAAAAAUGCUUUUAAAAGCGAAGAUACUGAUGAUUUUAAUAAUGACACUACUACAGCUUCUCGUUCUGAUGAAAUAGAAGUUAAGAAACUAAUAAAAAUGUGUCGAUCUAUUGUUGGACAUUUCAAACAUAGCGAAGUAUCGAGUAGACUUCUUCGCGAUAAACAAGAACAACUUAAUUGUCUUAUUUUAAAAGUUAAACAAGAUAUCGCAACUUAUUAUGUUUGAACGUCUUUUAACGAUUAAAGAACCCUUAAUGCUAGUUUCCAUGUCUUUACCACGUUGUCCUAAUAUGCCAACAAAUGAACAGUGGAAAGUUAUUAAUGAUUUUGUUACACUUCUGAAACCAUAUGAAAGUUUGACUGUACAACUAUCAUCAGAAAAACGACCAGCUUUAGGAAAAGUUAUACCACUUAUAAGAGGUUUACUAUUAACAGUUGGAAAUAAAAAUCCAGCAACAUCCCCGGGAAACUAUUUGAAAAAAUUUUUUUUAGAAACAACUGUCUCUACGCUUCGUUCUCAAACUACCUUCUCAAUCACAGCAAAAGCAUCAUGUAGACAAUAUUUUGAUGUAGAAUUUUUAAACAUAAAGGAUAAUCCAAUAUUAUUUUGGAAAAAUAACAAUCUAAUGUUUGGGGCACUGUCCGAAAUUUCAUUGAAAUACUCAUACAUUCCGGCUACAUACGUACCAUUAGAAAGAAUAUUUCCUAAGAGAAAAAAUUAGUCUCGUUAAAAUGGUAUUGCUUUGUCUGAAUACCAAUUCAACUGGGACUGUCCUAAUGGAACACUACCAGCUUCGAUGCGAAACUGAGAAGGGAUUAAUUUUACUAUGACGUGUUUUUUUUGUUUGUGUCCGUUAACACUAUUCUCAGCUCUCGCCUAUCUUUCAGAAAGAUUUCUUUCAAUUAUACGUCAAAAGAUCACAAAUCGUAUCCAGUCGAAGACAUUACACUCAAAAAUUGAAAAAGAAUUACCUUGUUCCCCGUAAAUGGGGGAAAUCACUAAAAAAAAUUACAAAUUUAA